CCUCUCACGCGAACGAAGUUAUUUAUUCUAUCGUAUGUCGGAGGCGGAGCGGAGGGAACUUUAUUUUUAAUAUAUUACAUUGAUUUUCUUUACAGUCUACUUAGAAGUACUUUACACACAUUUGUAGUAUUCAGAUUUAGAGUUAUAUGCACGAUUAUUUAGUUAUAAGUGAAAAUGUCAUUUAUUAUGCGAACACUGCAAUGGCCGUGCUAUUUGAGUGUCAAUAAGUGUUUAGUUGUGUUGGGACUGUAAUUUGCAAUGGUUGUAUUUAAUAAUGUGACGAUGGAUACUUUUCAACGAAAGAAAUGGCUGUUAUUGUUGAUAACUAUUGUGUGGCGGAAGCUAGACCUUGUCAAUGGUCUGAAGUGUUACUGCAACAGCGAUAGCCCGAGCUGCCCUAACUCAACAUGCGAGACAGAUGGAUUCUGUUAUGCAUCAACAACAUUGGAAAAUGGAGUACAGAAAUAUUCAUACCACUGUAUCGAGUUGAAAUCACUGAUACCCAUCGAGCACCCCUUCAGUUGCUCCACGACAAGAACUAGAAAUGAAUCGGUGGUGAUAGAGUGUUGUAAGUCACAUGACAUGUGCAAUCGUGACCUGCGCCUGGAGAUCCAUAAGAAGCCGGCAGAGACGGGUACGUCAGCGUCGGCAUGGCAACUGGUGCCAUGGCUUAUGGGUCUGAUGGUGCUCGGUGUGUGCGCGGCUAUAAGUUUCUGGUGGGCAAAGCGGUCGAGCAAGGAGAAGGACAGAGGUGCCCGGCCGCUCUAUCCAGUUGAAGAAUCGCUGUGCGAAACCCGACAUCCGAUCACCGCUACCAUACGAGACAUGAUUGAACUCACGACCUCCGGCUCUGGCUCAGGCUUACCUUUACUUGUGCAACGAUCUAUUGCGCGACAGAUCCAACUAGUGGACAUUAUUGGCAAGGGUCGCUUUGGGGAGGUAUGGCGGGGUCGUUGGAGGGGCGAGAAUGUCGCAGUGAAAAUAUUUUCAUCAAGAGAAGAGUGCUCAUGGUUCCGUGAGGCUGAAAUAUAUCAAACUGUCAUGUUGCGACAUGAAAACAUCCUUGGGUUUAUUGCUGCUGAUAAUAAAGAUAACGGAACGUGGACUCAACUCUGGCUAAUAACAGAUUAUCAUGAGAAUGGCUCCCUCUUCGACUUCCUUACAUCGCGCACUAUAGACUCCAACACUUUGAUUAAGAUGUCGCUUUCUAUCGCGACAGGAUUAGCUCAUCUUCAUAUGGACAUCGUUGGCACUAAAGGUAAACCAGCAAUAGCGCACAGGGAUCUAAAGUCGAAAAAUAUCCUUGUGAAAAGUAACUUGUCGUGUGUGAUUGGGGAUCUCGGAUUGGCGGUGAGGCACAAUGUUGCCAGUGACUCUGUGGAUGUACCCUCUACUAAUAGAGUCGGCACUAAACGUUACAUGGCACCAGAGGUUUUGGACGAAAGUAUGGAUUCUCGGCAGUUUGAUCCAUACAAACGAUCGGAUGUGUAUUCCUUUGGUUUGGUUUUGUGGGAGAUGGCACGUAGAUGUGGCAUAAUGCCGGACGAAUAUCAACCUCCAUACUACGACUGCGUACCUCCGGACCCCAGCCUUGAUGAUAUGCGACGCGUCGUUUGCUUGGAAAAAAGGAGACCCAAUGUCCCUAAUAGAUGGCACUCGGAUAUUGUAUUGUCAGCGAUAUCGAAGGUGAUGAAAGAAUGCUGGUACCAGAACCCGGCGGCUCGGCUCACGGCGCUACGGAUCAAGAAGACAUUGGCCAACAUCGCUACCGCUGAUCAUAUCAAACUAUGAACGCUCCCAAUAAGAUUUCCGACGUCAUCACUACUAUGUGUUAGUGUGCGAUGGUUCACGUAAAGGAUUCCGACCCUACCUCGUAGAUUUAAAUUGGAGUAAUAUCACAAUGGAGCAUUUAUUUUACUAAAAUUUUACAUUGGCACAUUCGUAGUGAUAUUGUUUUGUUACCAAGUACGUAGAUUUAAGUUUUAUUAAGGCUAUUCCGUUUAUCGUUUUAAUAUUAUUGUGCAUAUCGUAAACUAAACUUAGUUUUGGGGGUUUUUACUUUUAUAAAGCUAUAUUACUGUGAUAUAAAGCAAAAAUCGCAGCUAUUCUCAAUUUUGCUAUUGAUUAAUAACCAAUUGGUUACAAGUGUGUUGUUUUUAUGUAUGGGGAUGAGGUGUUGUGGGAUAUCACCCAUGCCCCAUACUCGUGUGUCACCUAUUUGAGUUUUUUUUUUAAUUAGGACAUUUUAUCGUAUCCAAUGAAAAAUGUGAUAUUUUAAUACUAACAGUCUAUAUCACGAGCCUAGCGUAAUGUGUUAUACCCGCAUUCGUAAGGAUACUUUAAUUAUUAUUAACUAAAUGAGUUAUUCUUAUUCUAUCGUUUUACAUGGGAAACUUUUUUUGCUAUACCCUAUGACGUCAUUUGUUUCUCACGUUUUUAUGCACAUUAAAACAAAUUUGAUUCUAAAUGUAAAAAUAAUUAAUAAUGAAAUUUAAUUAUUAGCCGUGUGCAGGUUUGCCGAUUAAUUCCCCUCCCAUAACAUCGAUUAGGUCCCACGCUCGCCUGCCCAUCGGCAAACCUGAACACAACUGAUAAAUUUAAAACUAUUCUAUAGAUGACUUGUUAAAUAUAUCAAAUUUAGUCUAAAAAAAUAUCAUCGUUAUAAUCAUUGCUAUAAAUGUUGACAGAUCUUUUUAUGAAUUGCUCGUCGCCCGAUUUUAUCGUUCGUUGUUAAUUAUUAUUUAUAAUCUGACUUCAAAUCAUUAAUAGAUCUGUGAUCAUUAUAUUGAUAUUCGUUUACUGUUUAUAUUAGUAAUAUUUAUAGUUGUUAGGACGCGUGUGUUUAUAGACUAACAGAGGUUGUUGUGUUAGAGAUUAUUUGUAUCGUGCCGUGGGUUGCCAUGUACUUGUACAAACAUUGUAAUAUCCUACAUAUGUUUGUACAGGAAUUUUGACAUACCUAUCUGAUAGAGAAUGUAUACGAUACUAUUCAUACAAAGUUACUAAGCGCCGAGUAACUGCUUUUCAAAAUAUUUCGACUAAAGUUUUUUUAUUUACAAGGCGUGUAGGAGCAAAUUCUGUAAUUUUUUUA